AUGUUUGAAAACAACAAGAGGGCCUUAACUAUGAGGCCAGAAACUAAGCCAACGACGUCUAAUGUGAAUCCUCUGGAAGUAUUCGAUGAAGCUCCGGGAAGACUGUGCCUUUUGAAUGCGUCCACAAAGUACAAGGUUGCCUUGAGCGAAAUCCACCGUCGUAUGAGCCACCCAGAAACGCUACAUGCCAGCCUCAUCAACGGCAUUCUCAGGAAGGCAAAGACAAAGGGACGUUGUAAAUGUUACGUUGCAGACUGGCAGAAAGAGGUGUAUCCCUACCUUCGCGGCACGAAAGAAAGACUGGCCGCAACGAAACGACGUUUCUUGGCUGGAAUCAUGGGCAGUCAUAUUCGAGACGAAGUUCCAGAAGACCCCGAGGAUUAUGUGGAGAAGAAUUCGGCUACCCACUCCAUUAAUAUAUUUAGUAUGCUCACCCACGGAUUCGGCCAUAACGCUCUGAAAUCUGCGUGGAGGGUACUGGGAAAAAUUGUCGACCAACAACAUGCCAUGCUUCAGGGGGUACCCCACCAACCUCCAAACUUCAUGCCGUACCACAUGCAACAAUUUUUAUAG